UCAGCCCAGAGGGCACAUUGUUACAGGUGUGGCACUUGUUGCUCGGAGCCCUCCCCUGGCAGCUCACUCUGGUUCUGAGGCUCUGAGGAUCGUCAGGACCCACCUGGGCGCAGUUGCCUUCAGGGACAGACCAUCUCACAGAUGCGACAACCUGCUUGAAAUUCUCUGAAAAAGGACAAAGAACUGCUAGAGGAAGUGUGGUGCUUGAAUGCAGAAAUUGAGCAACCUCCAUGUGAUCCAGAGAGCAGCAACUCAGACGUCGCCUGGAGCCUGCUACCAACAGGUCCUCUUAGCUUUAUGGAGAAAACAGAGUCACUCUGUCCAGAGGUGCCAGCCCGAGGCUGUGGAGCCUCUCCUGGGCAUCCGCUGAGGAGCCUGCCGAAACAGCACUGUGAGAACCAGGGGAGUCUCCUCCAGUUUGACCGGCAAGCCCCAGGCCGCAUCUCCAUCUCACCCACUUUGAGGAGAUUAAGGAGCCGGGGCUGUGGGACUUGGCACUCACUGCCUCAGCAAGAUGCCUCGCAGAUGCCCACCUGGGAAGACUGGAGAGAGCCCGCGCCUGCGGGCUCCCCGUGUUACCUUUCCAAGAGUCUUCCAGGAAGCCCAGAAGAUCCUUCGUACUUGCUGUCACCCUUGGGACUGCGCUCAAGAUUGACCCCUGAACCUGAAAGGGCCCUGAAGACAGCUGACUCACUGGAGUCCCAAACCCGGCCCACUGACAAGUAUCUCCCUCUCGAGCUUCAGCCUGUCAAUGAAGGGUCCCUACACCAGGCCUCUCUUCUGCAGGAAGAAGGCCACUUUUUGCCCAGCCCCACCCCACGAUGCCCUAGUCCUCAGGGAGAAGAAUUGCACCCAUCCAGGUUCUAUGAACACAGGCGAAGUUCUGUGGUGCUGAACUUACCUGGACUUGAGGUGUUCCCCGGGGACCUUCUGGUGUCAGAUGGAGCUGCUGACUACCUAUGCCACCCACUUCUGCUGCUGAAUUCAGAAUCCAAAAAGCCAAGAUGGCCUUUCUCCAAAAGAGGAGUGGGAAAAGACAAACACAAGUACAUAUCCGAUCUGGAAAACUGCCUGUCCUCUGUGAAAAUUACCAGCUUCAGGGGCUACGAGUUCUACAGUCUUAAGGAUAAGACCUGGGAUGAAGUCAUGGAAACACAUCACAAACUCCCUACUGAUCAAUUAGACUUGAGAAAGCAGCAAGAGGCCAUGUGGGAACUCUUCACAAGUGAAUGCACCUAUUUUUUGGACCAUUUAUUAGUUCUUAAAAUGAUCUUUAUGAAUACAUUAAAAUACCUGCAAACUCAUGAAUAUCUCCUAGAUGUGGAUUUAUGGAGACUCUUUGCAAACCUGGAGGAGUUAACUCAGACAAGCCUUGGUUUUGUGAACAGUCUCUUUGGCAUCGUCAAGGACUACGUAGACACGUCUGAGACUUCCUCAUCACUGGAUUUCAUUUCUGUGCUCACGAAGUAUUUCCGAGGGAGUCUCUGCCAGAGCCACCAGACCUACUGCCUGAACUACUCAGCUGCUAUCUUUUAUCUUGAGAGCCUGAGGCAGAGAGACGACUUCGGAAUUUAUUUAAAAUGGUGUGAGCAGAAUGAACAAUGCAGACGGCUCCACCUGCCUGAGUUACUAGUGGCCCCACUUCAGAGGCUCACUCGAUAUCCAUUGUUGCUGAAGAAUAUCUGGAAAAGGAGCAUGGACUCUGCUGAGAAAAUCAUGAUCUACUCCAUCAAGGAAAAGGUGGAAAAGUCCAUCCGCGACCUUGAAGGAAAAGUGAAGUGGCUGGACAAUUUCCAAAAAUUUAGAUAUCUACAGGAGAUUAUAGUGUGGCCACCGCUUUGGGAUAGAGAUAAAAGGUUUUUUGUUCCAGAGUGUUUGAAACACAUUUUUAAAGAACACACGGCAGAAAACAUCUUGUCACCAACCAACAGACACCUUCUCUAUGAAGGAAAAUUAACUCUUGCAGAAAGCACAAGAUUCCUAGAUGCUUAUCUGUUUCUCUUCAAUGAUUUCCUCUUAGUUACGAAAACUAAGCGCAACAAAAAGAAACUUGGAGGCUCGGACUCUGGUUUCAUGUGCCCUUCUCUUACUCCUGAGUUGCAAGCAGUAAUAAAAGAGGGUGGUUCGUGUACAGUACUCGAUCAGCCUAUUCCACUAGAUAGAUUGGUAGUCAAAAGUAUUGAACCACUCCAUGUGUCAGUCUUUGGGCUGAGAAAUGCUUUUCUCAUACAACAUGAAAACAGAUAUCGACAGUGUAUAGCAGCAUUCUUAUUACAAGCCCAAACGGAAAACAUCAAAAAAACAUGGAUGGCACAAAUAACAACAGCAAUUUCUUGCUUUACCAAGAAUCAGGAAACCAAGAAAAUACCUUUAUUCACAUUGCCCACAGAAUCCUCCGAAAUUUAGGGACCUAAAACAAGUGGCAUGCCUUUUUAGAAAAUUAGGGUUUAAGGUAUUAUCCCAUUCAAACUUUUGUAACAUUUAGAUAGUGAUGAGCUACCAGGAAAUGUGCAUUUUAAAGAAGUUCCAGAAUUUGGAAAUUUGAGCUAGGAAAAUCCUCAGUAUAGAGGAAUAAUGACUGCAACAAAUUUGAACCCUGCGGAAUUUCUUGACAAGUAUGUACUGACAUCCAGAUUACCUUCUAAUGUUUCAGAGAGGUUCAUAAGAGAUGUGAGUGAAGAAAGGUGCUAAUUUGUAAAAAGUCAAUGAUCAGAUAAACAGAGUAUCAGAAGGAAAACAAUGUCCACCGCUUGUGUCCAAUUUGCACUCCAGCAUCUCACUUUGUGUGUAUCUAUUAAAUAAUGAAACCAAUUUUCCUUCAUGGCUUGUCAAUCAAUCUUACUGCUUUAUAGUCCUACCUCAAACACAAUGUUAAUUCUUUAGAUACAAAGCUUGACUAUUCUUUUAAUAAACAAGGAAGAAGGACUACAUUUUAACAGCAAUUUUAAAAUUCCUAUUCUCAAACUCAUCUCAGGUAAACUUUAUAAUACUCUAACCUGGAAGUAGACCACCCCAAAGACUGAAUUCCCUUACUUUAAGAUGAGGAUGGAAGAAAAUCUGGCUUUUCCCAGUUAACACUUUUGCACAACUUUUCUUGGCCUGCUGUGAAGUGUACAGAUUUUCAUAGGCAUAGUAAGAUAUCUGUCUCUUAACUUCAUGUUUGGAAGAAUGAUGGUGUUUGCCAUAAAAAUACUUUCUGGUUUUGAUUGGAGGUGUGUGUGUUUUGGCACAGAACAGUCACCUAAGUUUAUUUGGCAGGACUUCAAAUUUCUUCAGAAUUUUUAUUAAGGCAGUUUGAAGAAUUAUUAUAUUAUCAUGGCAGGAUAUAUACUAUUAACUAUAUUCAAGGAACUAGUUCUUAAGGUCAGAGUAUUUUAUCAAAUGGAAGUCCACAAACUUCCAUUUCAGGCUUGUACCUUUUGCAAUUUGCAAAGUGGAAGUAGUAAAUUUACCAAAUGUGGCUGUAAGACAACUGAAGCCUUAGUUGAUUUUGUUAAGCUGAAGAAUGGGACAGAGAGGAUGAUGUUUGGGCAAGUCACAUGCACCGUAAUUCUUUGAGAGGGAUGAAAUUUCACCAGGCAAACAAGGCAGUAGAGAUAAGUGCAGCAGAAAGGCUUUUGUAAAAGGCAAGCAUGGUUAGCAUGGAGACUAAUAAUCUCUUUAUAAUAAUGUCAGACAUUUAAGAAGAAGAGAAAAUAAAAGGAAAAUCUGGAAGGCAGUAACUAUUGUUAAUAAGAAUAAAUGAGGUAGUGGGGAAAGGCAAAGAAGGAGAGAACAGACUUCAAGCAAAUUCCUAGAGAUGGCAUCUGGAUGGGAUUGAAAGCAGUUAUGUCCAGGAGAAGACAAUAUAGGUUUAUGCAAGAGAAGAUUUUAUAAAGAAAUUUCUGGCUGAAAAAAAAUUUUUAAAUUAACAAUCAUCUUGCACAUUUUCCAACCUAGGAGGGUAAGCAGUAGACUAGGAUGAAGUGUCCUCUCAAAUUCCUUGAGUUCCAUGAAACCAGCAACCACAGAUUUACCUGCAUAAAGGUAGUUUUCUCCCUCUAGAUCUCAUUAAAGGGAGAGAAAGACUGACUAAAUUAACAAAAUAUGUAAAACAGUUCAAGAAUACACUGCACAUAAACUGACAUUUUAUAAAGCUCACAAAAUAACAUGUCUAAUAUACAAUAUAUUAGAUGCUUGAGGAUAUGCACAUUAAACUCUUCAGAAGAUUAGCACAUUAGAAUGAAGUACAUUUGAAUGAAGAGGUUGUGCGGGGAGGAACAAAAACCAUUCUAGAACCAUGGUUCCCAGGAAGAAAAAAUAGUGAAAAACAAUGGCACAUUGGGCCUUCAAAAAGGUGUAUUUGGGGAGGGGAGGGAGAAUAAAUAAAUAAAUAAAUAAAUAAUUUUUAAAGUAUCUUUAAAUGGUCAUCUGGGUAUGAAACACAGAUACAAAAUGAAAUAAGGGAUUGAUUACAUAUUUUUUAUGUUUCUUUUUAGUUUUGUUAAUUCUCUAUAAUACUAAAUGGAAUGUCUAAAGCAAAAUGGCAUUAAUAAUUUCUCUUAAGAUCAGAAACUUACUAUUCUAAAUUAAACAACAUUAAAACACCACUGUCUAUAUCCAAGUGCAAGGUCUUAAUAUUCUGUAAAUAAAUAAUGCAAAAUGGUUAA